UUAAAUUCAAUCAUCUGUUCCACUCGUACGAUGAUUCGUCCUAUGCCUGGAGGGAGACGCAUGCGCAUACCGAGUAACUAAAUAACUAAAUUUCGAUUUGGUAAGUAACUAGAUGCGGAGCAAUUCUUUCUGACGUUCAGUUCAACGAGUCAAAAUGGGCAAAGUCAAGUGCUCCGAGUUGCGUACGAAGGACAAGAAGGAGCUGGACAAGCAGCUCAAUGAUCUUAAGACAGAAUUGUCCCAACUUAGGGUUUCUAAGGUGACUGGAGGUGCCCCAUCAAAAUUGUCUAAGAUCCGUGUUGUGCGCAAAGCAAUUGCCCGUGUGUACAUUGUUAUGCACCAAAAGCAAAAGGAAAAUUUGCGCAAACUCUUCAAAGACAAGAAAUACAAGCCAUUGGACCUCAGAGUUAAGAAGACUCGCGCUAUCCGUCGUGCAUUGAACAAGCACCAGCAAAAAAUGCAGACGCCAAAGGAAAUUCGAAAGAGGUCCAUUUUCCCACCAAGGAAGUAUGCUGUUAUGGCUUAAUUUGAUUUUUCUAAAUAUUAAGAAAAUAAAACAUUAAAAACCUCAA